AGAGAGGCAAACGGAAGGUCCGGGGCAGAGCCGCAAACAUACCGCUUCUAUGCGGAGCUGCAUGCCAUGCUAGGGGGUGCAGCCACCACUACCCCAACUGUGUGCUUUGACUCCUUCAAUGGAGAAACACACAGGGAAGAGGGUUCGGGGUAUGAGGAAGAUGAGGAUGAAGAUAAUGUAGAUGGCUCACAGCAGCAAGGAAGCGGACAAACCGGUUUCCCCAACAGCCAGGAUAUGUUUAUCACCCUGGACCUAGUAACCCCCGAACUCACCCAAGGCGUGCUCCCAGACCCUGAGGGCACACAUGGGACCUCUGCUGCAAAUGUUUCUCCUUCGCAGAGGCUAGUGAAGAUUAGAAGGAGAAAACGGCGGACUUGGGAUGAUAUGUUCUCGGAGCUCCAGAUGUCCUCCCACGCUGACAGAGCACAGCAGAAUGCGUGGAGGCAGUCAAUGUCAGACUACAGAAAAGCACAAUAUGAACGAGAGGAGAGGUGGCGGGCUGAAUCGCAGGAUGAACAGAGCAAGAGGCGGGCUGAAGAUGAUAGGUGGCGUCAGCUUGCAGACAGAAGGCAAGAGUCAAUGCUCCGGCUGCUGGAGCAUCAAACUGAUAUGCUCCAGUGUAUGGUUGAGCUGCAGGAAAGGCAGCAGGAGCAGAGACCGCCACUACAGCUCCUGUGUAACCAACAGCCCUCCUCCCCAAGUUCCAUAGCCUCCUCACCCACACGCCCAAGAACACGGUGUGGGGGCCUCCGGCCACCCAGUCACUCCACCCCAGAUGAUUGCCCGAGCAUCAGAAGGCUGGCCUUCAAUAAGAGUUAAAGUUUUAAACUGCAGUGUGUCCUUUUCCUUCCCUCCUCCCCUGUGACGGGUUGGAUCACAGAAACCCCCUUGGGAACUGCCACCCGAUGUGCAAAGACUACCCCUGCUUCUGUUUUCCCUGCCAGCUCAGGACUCCAGCACCCUGUCUUGCUGAGCCAGACACUCCCGUCUGGCUCCAGACACAGACCCAGGGUCUGAAUCACUUGUCCCAAAGCUGCAAGUUUACCUGAAAACAGCUCGCAGUAGCGUGCUUGUCGUUAGCACUCAGAUGCCCAACUCCCAAUGGGGUCUAAACCCAGAUAAAUCCGUUUUACCCUUCAUAAAGCUUAUGCAGGGCAAACUCAUAAAUUGUUCGCCCUCUAUAACACUGAUAGAGAGAUAUGCACAGUUAUUUGCUCCCCCAGGUAUUAAUACAUACUCUGAGUAAAUUACUAAAUAAAAAGUGAUUUUAUUAAAUACAGACAGUAGGAUUUAAGUGGUUCAAAGUAGUAACAGACAGAACAAAGUAAGUCACCAAGCAAAAUAAAAUAAAAUGCGCAAAUCUAUGCCUAAUCAAACUAAAUACAGAUAAUCUCACCCUCAGAGAUGCUUCAGUAAGUUUUUCUCAGACUGGACAUCUUCCAGGCCUGGGCACAAUCCUUUCCCCUGGUACAGCUCUUGUUGCAGCUCAGGUGGUAGCUAGGGGAUUCUUCAUGAUGGCUCCUCUCCAUCUCUCUUCUCUUCCCCCCUUUAUAUAUCUUUUGCAUAAGGCGGGAACUCUUUGUCUCUCUGGGUUUCCACCCCCCCUCACUGGAAAAGCACCAGGUUAAAGAUGGAUUCCAGUUCAGGUGACAUGAUCACAUGUCACUGCAAGACUUCAUUACUCACUUGCCAGCACACACAUAUACAGGAAGACUCACAGGUAAAUACAGCCAUCUGCAGACAAUGGGAGUCAUCAAGAUUCCAAACCAUCAUUAAUGGUCCACACUUUACACAAUUACAAUAGGCCCUCAGAGUUACAUUUUAUAUUUCUAGUUUUAGAUAUAAGAGUGGUACAUUUAUACAAAUCAGAUGAUCAUACUCAGUAGAUUAUAAGCUUUGUAAUGAUACCUUACAAGAGACCUUUUGCAUGAAGCAUAUCCCAGUUACGUUACAUUCACUUAUUACCGUAUUUUCUCUAAAACCAGCUCAGUUACAUUAUAUUGACUUAUUAUCAAGUUUUUAUAAAACCAUAUAGACUGCACAAUGUCACACAGAAGGCUGGCCUUCAAUAAGAGUUAAAGUUUUAAACUGCAGUGUGUCCUUUUCCUUCCCUCCUCCCCCACCCAUCCCGGGCUACCUUGGCAAUUAUCCCCCUAGUUGUGUGAUGAA